ACUACGACAAUGAACCAACUUUCUUUACACUCAAGUUUGAAUCUCAUUCCUGUAAAUUAAAACAAACGACUCGAAGUUUGGAGGAUGGAACUGAUAGACGAUCUUUGCGAUUUGGAGACUAGUCUUGGUGCCAAUCAUCAUGAAAUCAUGACUCUCUCGGCCAAUGACACCUCCUUUACUACCGAUCAUCAUCAUCAGCCCCAACCUGACCAGCUCCCUAUCAACUUCACUCAUCAUAUUCAAAGCUUUCCCCAUAAUUCUGAUGAUCCAAAUCAUGAUGAUUUCUUAGUUGCUCAUUCCACAGCUCAUCUGAUGACUGGAGAUUUUCGCCAAGAAACUGGAAAAGGAAAGUCGUUUGGAGGAAGAAAGAGAAAGAUAAACAAUAGUGACAAAGAUGGGGAGAAACUAAAAGAAGUGAUCCAUGUGAGAGCUAAGAGAGGCCAAGCUACUGAUAGCCACAGUUUGGCAGAAAGGGUAAGAAGAGAGAAAAUAAAUGAGAGGCUGAGAUGCCUGCAAAAUCUGGUUCCAGGGUGCUACAAGACAAUGGGAAUGGCAGUAAUGCUGGAUGUGGUUAUCAGCUACGUUCAGUCACUGCAGAAACAAAUUGAGUUUCUGUCAAUGAAACUUUCUGCAGCAAGUGCGUAUUAUGAUUUCAAUUCACCAGGUGUGGAUGCUGCGGACGCAAUGCAACAGCAGCAGGGGACAAAUACUGCAUAUCACGAGGUACAAGAGAUGGCAGUAAGAUCAGAGAUUCAGAAGGGUAUGGAGGACUUCCUCACCUCAACAACGCAGCAUGGCCUAUUUGAGAACUGAGAGUAAGUUCAAUCUUCUUCAGAUCUCAUGCUCCUAAACCCUACAUGUACAUGUGGAGACAAUGAAACACAGGACGAUCAAUACCAUCUUCUCCACCUUCCAUGGAUCCCAUAUUACAAUAAAAUACUACUGCUUUCAUGCUUAUAUAAAUAUAUAUUUAUAUAUAUCUAGUUGCAUAUAUAUUUGUGUAGGGUGCAAAACGAAUCUUGUACUAUUGUAUAAUAACUAAACUUCAGUAAUAUUAAUUAACAGAUGAUAUUGUACUGUACUUGUAUCAUCAAUAUCACCCAUUACUGAUCA